UCACCAUAACCAACUUUCCGGCUUGAAUAUUUCACAAAAAUCCCGAUACGCGGCGCUGUCGGCAGCAAAAUGUCUCAAAGUGUUUUGCGAAGUUGCAUUUUUUGUUUCUCACAAUGAUAUUUUCCAAAUAAAUCAUCUUUGAGUCACAAUCCAUUCAAUUAAUCACGCAAAAAAGACUCAGUAGAGCCUACCAAUUGCCCUACAUUUGUAGUUUAGUGAAGAAAUUGCGUGAAAUAGGCUAAUUUUUGCACCUCCCCAGAGAUGACACUGGCAGAGUUUUUCGGGUGUGCUUUCUUGGCUUUUGGGGCUCCUCUGGCAAUGUUUACAUUCACAAUUGUCCACGAUCCCAUCCGCAUCAUCAUCCUCAUUGCGGCGGCAUUUUUCUGGCUAGUCGCCCUACUGCUAUCAUCCCUAAUUUGGUUCGCUGUUGUGCCUUUGCGUGGAUAUCUGGCUUUUGGCCUGGUGUUUUCUGUCCUGUUCCAGGAAGUCUUCCGAUUUGUCAUUUACAAGAUACUGAGAAAGACGGAGAAGGGAUUGCAGGAGGUGGCUGACAAUGUGAGAGUCACGGAGAAUAAGCACAUUCUAGCUUACGUUUCCGGACUGGGAUUUGGUGUCAUCAGUGGAGCUUUUGCUAUUAUCAACAUCCUCGCAGAUGCUGUUGGUCCAGCGACGAUGGGUCUCCUGAGUGGCUCUGAGAUAUUCUUCCUAACCAGUGCCGCUCAGACCCUCUGCACCAUUCUCCUGCACACUUUCUGGAGUGUCAUCUUCUUCAAUGCCCUGGACACUGACAAGCGUCUCCACAUGGCUUACGUUGUGCUGAGUCACCUCUUUGUCUCAUGCCUCACGCUCCUCAACCGUCAUGAACUCUACUGGGCUACGCUGUUGCCCAACUACGCCAUCCUCCUGGCUACGGCCGUGAUUGCUUUUCGCGUUGUUGGCGGCUCUAUGCUCUCCUUCAGACGCUUCAUUACGUGCAAAUAAGGUAACCCAUUUGCACAAUCUGCCCGCGAUUAUGUUUUUUUUUUUCUAAUCAAUUUUACUCAAUACACAACAAAUCAAUUACACUCCCUUCUCCUCCUUCCGCGCUACUAAAGUUCUUUCCUUUAUAAAUUAUUAAAUGUUUAUAUACAUUCUUAAAUAAUAUAGGAAUUUAAAUUAUAAAGUCA